CUGGCCCCUCAACCAGAGACCGUAAAUAAUACGUACAUUUUAUUUUCGGUCUUUGCUCGAACUUUGACACCAGUGACGUCAUAGCUAAGACCUCUUGUUCUAUAUUUUUAUAACCUCUUUGUUAUUUUGUCAAUGUAACUCUUUUGCUGCAGAAAUAAAUCAAGUACUCGUCUCCAUGUAUGGUUACUUCCGUUCUUGUUCCGGCCCUUCCUCUCGUCUCGAAACUUGGCUGCCAAGGAGGAGUUGAAGAUGUGAAAUGUAGCACAGGCCCUAAUGUAUUUUUCAUCAAAAGUUUCCACUGACAUGUAGAAAUCAAGACAUAGAGAUCUGGUCUGCUCCCUGCAAUUUCUUGAGCAAGAAUGUCAGGGGAAAUAUUUCAGCCAAUGGAAAGUGUUGAAGAAUCAAGCAUUGCUGGAACAAGGAAUCCUCUACUUUGUUACCUGUGCAAUGACCCAUAUGAGGACCCGCGUAUCUUGGGAUGUUUCCACAGUUUUUGUGCGCUCUGUUUGCGAGGCCGAGCCUCGGAUGGGAAGAUGACCUGUCCACUCUGUGGGUUUGCCCACACGUUGAAGGAAGGUGCAGUCCUCCCUCCCAGUGACCUUCUGCUCAAGUUCAUGGUGGAGUCCACCACAGAGGAGAAGGCUCAGUGUGCCAACUGUGACUCGACCUCUUUACAGAUGUUCUUCUGCAACACGUGCACACAGCCACUGUGUGGUCCGUGUCGAGAAGAAACGCACCGUGCCAAGAUGUUCUCCAGCCACGAUAUGGUGCUUCUCACAAAGCGAGCCAGGGAGGUACACAAGAAAUGUGCGUUACAUGGGGAACCGUACAUCAUGUUUUCCUCGGAGAAGAAGAUCAUGCUGUGCAUCAACUGUUUUCGUGAUAUGAGAAUAGAGAGCCGAGGUCACUGCUUAGACUUGGAGACUGCGUACAAGCAAAGCUGCAAAAAGUUGGAUCUACGGGUCCAGGCUUUCAGAGAACUCCAGAACUCAGUGCGGGAAGGAGUGCUUUUGUUUCGAGCAUUAUUAGAGGAAAUCAAAACCAAUGCUGAAAAGGAGAAGACAGCCAUAGAGACUCUCUGUACAGAACUGCUAGCCAAGAUUGAAGACACCAAAGCCAUACUCCUCCAGAAAGUUUGCACUGAGUACACCAACAAAGAGGCAACAUUCCACUCGCAGCUCAAGUCUCUCUCAGCCCUGCUGCCCACUCUACAGCUGCACCUCGUCAUAUCCAGCGCUAUCUCCGGCUCGGCCAACAAGUUUGAGUUCCUCGACCUGACUUAUGUGCUGAUGGACAGGCUCAAGUCGAUCGUGCAGAAGCAGCACCCGCUGCACCCCACCCAGAGCGGCCAGAUCGACACCUCACACAAGACAGAGUUCUUCAAGAGUUUGGAGCCUCUUUUGUAUGUUCCUUUGCAGCGGAAUGUCCUUGCACCUUCAGUACAAACCAACAGCGUGACUGCGGUAACCACGGCGACCAGCUGCCCCGGCAGUCCCCUCGCUCACCGGGUCACGCCCAACCACACACGCCGAGCCAACGGCCUCAACGGGGCAAAGGUCAAGUUCAUCGACGCCAAAGGCUCCUUCGCCGAACACUGCCGCGAGUUUGAGAAUGCGCACAGGGACCUGAUGCAGCGCUUCGAGCAGAUGAAGGUCCAGUGCCAGGAAUUGCAGCGAGACCUGACGAUGCGGCGGUGCCUGGCCAACAAGGAGGAGGUGAUGGGGCUCAGCAACAACAUAGAGCUUGUUCAAGGUCAGCUGGACACGCACUACAGCACCCUGGAGGGGAAGCUGCCCAUGCUGGAGAAGCAUUGGGAGGAAAGUCUGGAGAGAAUCAACAAUGAGCAGGAUCUGUUCCAUGCCCAGCUGCAGGACGUGAUGCGUCUGAAGCAUGAGAGCCAACACCUGCGGGUCAUCGCCUCCCAGCUCACCUCCUUCGUCUCCUCCAUCGCAGCUGUCACGGAGAGGCUGGCUCCCAAGUUGGGUCAGACGUCCCAGAGCUCGGAGCAGGACAUGCAGAUGGCGUCACUGCUGGAGGAGAUCAACGCUGUCCAGCCAGACAGUCAGCAGAGAGUUGAUGCGAUUCGUGGUGCAGAGGAAGAAAGACAGACGAUUUUAGCCAGCCGCACGAAUCCUCUAGACGAUGAGUUGAUUAAGACCAAAGGCCUCUUGCGGGCUCCCUCCCUUCGCGACAAGAAAGGAGAGAGGAGGAGGAGAGAGAAGGAGCCUGCGGAAAAGGCGGAGGUGUCGAUGGACAGAGAGCGAGACGGGGAGAAUGGAAGCCCAAAGACGUCUUCUCCUCCCUCAACGUGCGAGUCUUGUGCCGCAACUGAGGUGGAGGUCAAGGCCUCGGGGGGUCAACAGGGGGAAGUUACUCUGGAAACCGCCAGUGUUGAGAUGCCGGACAUAUGCACGGAAUCGCCUCCCUCGAAGCAAUGCGAAAACGGGGAGGUGGAUGCGUACGUGGUCUUAACGCUAGAGAAAGAUUCCGGUGUGCAGUCAAAAACAAAUGACUCUGUCACAGAAGACAAAGCGAGGAUUAGUGUGGUGGAAGAUGUAGAGAUUCCAACUGUACGAGAAGAGAAAAGGAAUAGAGGAACGGACAAAGACGCAGAGAUUCCAACGCUGAGAGAAGAGAAAAGAGAGAAAAGGAACAGAGGAACGGACAAAGACGCAGAGAUUCCGACGCUGAGGGAAGAGAAAAGAGAGAAAAGGAACAGAGGAACGGACAAAACCCAAGGAGGCGGGGGAGGUUGUGGGGAUGCGUCUUUGAGAACUUCGACGGACGUGGAUAGUGAGGUCAUUCGCAACCUUCUCAAGGACAUUGAGAAUGUGAGAAAACGAGAUUCGUUGUCCUCCCCGAAGCGACUAGCACAAGGCGGAGAUUGUUGUUAAAGGCUGGGCCCUCCACAUGUUUGAGUUGUUGCACUUUUCUCAUAUGUUUCUUCAAAACGGGUACUAAAAUGUUUUUUAAAAUGCAGGUCAAAUUAAUGCAAAUCUACUUUCCAAAGCCAGUGUCUUAUGUCAAAAACACAGAUCACGGCGUUGUGAUAUGAUCUUCUCGAAUAUUUCUACUAGGGUAAUUCGCAAUAAGUCUCUGAUUUAUGUUAAUCUGUUUGUAAGUUUAUAUUUUUUAUAAAUGGCCAUUUUCUGGGUUCUUCAGGCUGCUGAUAAAGUAGGUAGUUGUAUUUGAGGGGGGGAAAUCUGUCUUUACUGUUUGACAUUAUGAACUGUUGAAUGAACUGUUGUUUUAUCUGCUGCGCUGAUAAUGUAUUCCUGUUUUAGUCAGACGGCCAUCAGUGCAGAUUUUUGGCAUCUGUGAUGUAGCGGUUAGGCGCAAGCAUCGUGGAAGAAUCUGUUUUUUGGCCUCUGUUGUAUUCCCGAUUUAUUUGAGAAUUCAAAGUCUCCGUAGUGAGACUAGUAGUUGUUUUCUGUAAGUAUGGAUGGUGCAGGGUUGUGGGUUACAGUGAGCCAUGUUAGCACAGGUUAUCUAGUCAAAGCACAACUAUAUCAUGGGGCGACGUGGCGGAGGGGUGUACAGUAGCUCUGUAGUGUGUGUUUUCUGCAGCUCCACAGUGUCAAAUGUGAGGGGAGCUGGAAAAAAAUGAGUUACUCUUUUUGGCGCUGGCAAAAUGGCAUAACUCAAGAGCUGUGCCAGACUGCUAUUAUUAGCCUUUUAUUUUAUUUUGGUGGUACUGUAUAUCAAUCUUUUGGGAAAACCUAAACAAAAA